ACAUGAGCCAGCUAGGGCGUGGCAACUGCUCCUUCGAUGAUGUGGAUAAGCUGACAAGUACCUUGCAGCUGGCAGUCCACAUUCCCACCUUCCUCCUUGGCCUGGUUCUCAACGCAUUGGCCAUCCGAGGCUUCAGGGCCUUCCUGAAGAAGAGGCAGCCAGAAUACAUGGCCACUUCCAUCUACAUGAUCAACUUGGCCGUCUUCGACUUACUGCUGGUGCUCUCGCUCCCAUUCAAGAUGGUUCUACCGCAAGUGGAGUCCCCCCUCCCCGCCUUCUGCACCCUGGUGGAGUGCCUCUACUUCAUCAGCAUGUACGGGAGUGUCUUCACCAUCUGCUUUAUCAGCCUGGACAGGUUCCUGGCCAUCCAGUACCCGCUCCUGGUCAGCCACCUCCGGUCCCCCAGGAAAAUCUUCGGGAUCUGCUGCAUCAUCUGGAUCCUGGUGUGGGUGGGAAGCAUCCCUAUCUACACCUUCCACAGGGAAGUGGAGCGAUACAAGUGCUUCCACAACAUGUCCGAUGGCACCUGGAGCGCCAGGGUCUUCUUCCCCUUGGAGAUCUUCGGCUUCCUCCUUCCCUUGGGCAUCAUGGGCUUCUGCUCCUAUAGGAGCAUCCAGAUUCUGCUGGGCCUGGGCCGUCGGGACUACACCCAGGAGGGGGUCCAACAGAGAGCCUGCAUCUGGACCAUCGCUACCAAUUUUGUCAUCUUCGUGGUCUCCUUUCUCCCAGUGCACCUAGGCUUCUUUCUGCAGUUCCUGGUGAGGAACGGCUUCAUCUUGGAGUGCAGGGUCAAGCAGGGCAUCAGUUUGUUCCUGCAACUAUCUCUGUGUUUCUCCAACGUCAACUGUUGCCUUGACGUUUUCUGCUACUACUUCGUCAUCAAAGAAUUCCGUGUGGGCAUCAAGGCCCAGCUGGUCCGCCAGGACACCAUGAUCACCAGGGGUUAGGGGAAGGUACCCCUCUCAAGAGAAGGAAAUUCCAGUCCCAAACUCUCAUAAGGAAUGUCCUGUACUCCCCUUUUUUGACACUCGAUGAGUUCCAUCUUUGUUCUCUACACCCCUAAGACCUUUCCACAGCACCUGGAUGGCUGACAUUGGGUUUGCUAAAGAACCAGGUGAUGCAUUCAUUUCUAAGUCCAAACUGUGUGAAGCAGAAGAAUCAAAAAACAAAAGAAAGCAACAACAAAAAAGGUGACUGGCCUUCCAUCUUGGACAGCCUGGGAAGCAGUUCAUUAGACCAGUAUGAAGGGGAUUAGAGAAAAUUGUUUUUAACUUGGUUCAGGCCAUAGCAGAAUGAAGAAGUCCUCAUUGGGUCCUGGUUGGGCAUCUGACACUGGUGACAGUGUUUAGGGAGCUGAUCAGGAAUUGGGGGGGGGAGUGUAUCUUCUCCAGGCAGCAUAAAGGCCUGGAUUUGAGGGAGGUGGUGAGAUGCACCCCAGUUCCUGGAAGGAAACUACAGACAGCUGAAUCACGGUUGGAUCCUUCAUCAGCUCGUUUUGCUCUGGAGAAGGAGCCCACAGUGACAGCUGAAAGGCUGGACUGAGAUGACUCAGCCAUUCCAGAGAUUGAAGUGAUUAGAAGGAUAAAUUGCAUGGUCGUUUUUUGCAAAAUGGAAGGAGUAGGCUGGGAAGAAACCGGUGAGACUUCACUCGAAUUAGACAUGGGAUUUUAGGAAGAAAAGCAGUCACAGCUCCAACUAACUAGAUCCUACAGGAUAAGAGGCUGGGGGAGGGGGAGGAGAAGAUGGAGAGGCAGCUAUAAUCUGGGACGUGCCCACAGAGUAGAAGAUGGAGAUGAGCCGAGGUGUAGGAGAAAGGAGGAAGGAAGGGGAGGAAGGGGAGGAGGGAAAUAGAGAAGAGGACAGAGGAGGAAGAGGAAGGCAGAUGGGCAGGGAGGGCUGAGAGGCAUGAAGGGGAAUAGGAAAGGUGAAUAGGGAGGGCAGAGGCAGGUGGCUUCUUCCUAAGAGUCCAUCACUCCUCCAUUGGAAGCCAUUGAAGGGACGGCACUUCCAGGCCAUGGUGGCCGUGGAAGUGUUGAGGUAGCACUUGGAGCCAACUGUGGGCCACUGAAGGAAUAUUUAGGGAAGAAUGAGUUAAGGACGUUGGCAGUGGCUGUAGAGAAGUGAGAGUACCAAGGACCAGGGUCCCACCUCAGGGCUGGGCCUCCAGGAACCCACUGGUGGAGAUUCAGAGCCAUGUAGACUUAAAGAUGAGGCUCCCAGCCUUGGAUGCGGUUUUGUCCCACAGCCGUCUUGGACAGAGAUACCCCUUGUGACACUGAGACAGUCACAGAAGGACAUUUGGGGCUGCUUUAGGCUAGUCCAUGAGUGAGUGGGUCUUGGGACCACCUCCUCCAUGUUCUCUCCGAGUGAGGAGCUGUCAGCCCGCCCAGUAGAGUCAGGUGGUCCCCUCCAAGUGCAAGCGUGUUUGCCAGGCAGGAGUCCCCAGAGCAAGGGCUUAGCAGGCUGAGUAGCCACCAUCCCCAUCAACGACCAAAGCUAAAACCUGCUGUGUGUUGCAAAACUUGAGGUCCCAAGAGGACCAUUACCAAAGAAGGCAGAAUAUCUAGAGCCAUAAACUGAGGAAAGGUAGGGGGUGGCAGGGAUGGGACAGCUGGCUCCCAUUGGCAACCUGGAGAUGGGGGAGCGGCAUGGAUAGGGCUUGAGAAUGCACUGAUUCAUUCCAAAAUAGUGACAGGAAGGAAAUUCUUGUCUUUUCCCAUGGAGACUUACCUGGUGUGUAUCCAAAUCCCCAGUCCCAUGGGUCCUCAGCUGGCAGUUGGCUCAGCGGCACAGGAAAUGGGGAGGGUCCUCGUUAGAGCUGGGGUAGAGCAGAUUGCAGCCAGCGAGUAGAGGAAACCCAAUUGCGGAAAAGGCUCCGGUUCCUGUUACUAAAGCCGGUGGGGCCAGAAGCUAUUGUUUAGCUGUAAAGGAGACCACCGCCCAGCCUAGAAAAAAACAACCCGACACAUCGGCCGCAUGCACAGCCAUGACAUCUAGCAAGUUUAAUGGGAAAACCAAUUUGAUUAACGUGAUUUACCAAAUAAAUUCCUACAAUGCACUGUGA